AUGGCUCGGAGAAAGGAUUGGACACCUCCUACGGAAAAAGCAGCCAUCAUCCUUGAUUCUGACGCAUCGUCAGCACGGGAAAAUCUAGGUGCGAACAACGAGGAUGAUUUUGCCAAGUCGUUUGGAAGCAUGGUUUCUGCGUACAUGUGCGGCAAUGCUGCCACUCGAGGAACGGCAUUAUGCCAGAGUGAUGGAUCAAGCGCGGAAAAGACAAAGACCGCAGUUUCAAAAGCCGAAUCGGCUGUUGAUCUUACGACCACGACCAUUGCGAACUCCGCCGCUAGACCAAAGACGGUGCGGAAAAAGCCCAGAACUAUUACCAGUCUCGCUACAGCUGCCUAUCGGAAAUCGACCCAAGGUGAGACUGCAGAUAGAGUGCAAGAUACAAGGCCUUUUGCGAAUCCCAGGCCGUUGGUUGAGACGUCGAAAAAGACCAAGUCUCGUAAGAAACAGUCGAAAGCAACGAAACAGCAGGAGCCCCUCAAACCGAUACUGUUUUCUCCAGAAACGGCACUAAGGCAAGUUGCCAAGCAGGACUUUGUGUUUGGAACGUCGAGCCAGUUAGCCACGGAACAGUCGCCAACUUUUUUGAGAGACUUGCAGCUCACAAUGAAGAAUUCGAACCAACUUGAUUACGCUGAUUUCAUAACCCCCUUGAAUAGUGACGCUAUUGAGCCGCCUGAAGGUCGGCCCAAACUUUGGGAUGCGGCAGCCAGAGAUGCAGACGGUGAUCUGUUUGAUGUCGAAGUGGUCAAUCUGACGGGAACCAGCCCGCAACUGUUAAAGACACCGGGUAUCGUGGACCCUUUUGGAUAUUUUAAAGGCGACGACAUGCCGAUUCCAACUUGCAAUCCCGGGUCUGCAAAGAGUAGCGACAACGGAAACGAGUUAGUUGUCGAUAUUUUAGAUGUCCAUGUCUCAGAAUCACAAGCGACAUAUACUACGGCAGAUGUUUCAAAUGUCCUCAGCGCCAUGGAGCCAAAGGUACCGCCGAUGGGGAAGCGAUCGGUUCAAUCCGAGGCUCCAAGCUCACCGGACAUUGCAGGCAAAGAGCAUCCGUUGCCAAGAGUCACAAGCUGUGCUUUACGACCGACGUUUGAAGACUAUACCGACACGGAACUGUCAAAAGAGAUAUCUCGAUACGGCUUCAAACCAGUCAAACGGCGUUCGGCAAUGAUAGCUCUUCUCCACCAGUGCCGGGAGCAGUCUGGCUAUGGCGGCCAAGAGGCACGAAUGCUUUUCACGGCUGCCGCCAAUUCCCCGACGAAACGGCCGCGCGGCCGCCCGCGGAAGGGCUCAGUAGAUGAUGGCCAGACACAGGAGCUUCUGCCAGCUGUGCAGGCUCCCGAAACACCAAAAGGACCCAGGGGAAGAUCGGGGAAGGAUUCACGACCAACACCAGACAAGCAAGUAGUGUCGAAACGCACUGCUACUAAGCCAACCAAGAAGCGAACGGCCGGGAGUAACGCCACUCCUAAAAAGGCGAAGGCCGUCAAGGUGAUUGAAAUACCGGAUUCAGAGUCUGACUUGGCAGAUACUUUGGAUUCAUCACGACAUUCAUCACCGAGCUCAACAUUUUCUUCACCGCAACGUGUCGAUCUGGCCAUGUUGGUCGACAACGAUUCGGAACUCUCUCUUGCAAUGACGCCAACAGAUGCACAGGCCUGCUUAUUUGCGCACAUCACCAAGGCCGUCACGACUGCACCACGGACUACGGACCCUGCCAAUCCAUCGUGGUACGAAAAGAUUCUGCUGUAUGACCCAAUCGUCCUGGAAGACUUGGCGUCUUGGCUCAACAGCGGACAACUCAGUCGCGUUGGAUACGACGAAGAAGUUAAUCCUGUUGACUUGAAGAGCUGGUGUGAGUUGAGGAGUAUCUGCUGUUUGUGGAAGGUGAACUCGAGAGGCAAAGAGAGAAAGAGAUAUUGA